AUGGGCUGGGUCGGAGUAGUGACGCUUCUUGCGACUGCAUGCUAUUUGUUCUAUCGAUACCCUCCUGCAUCAUGGACUCAAGAGCUCCCUCCUGCCCCUUCGCCUCAGCCGCCGGGAUCAACCUCCGAUGAAGCCGAGACAAACAACCUUCCUUCGAAAAAUAAUAAUUUACGGAGGAAUGAAUUGAAGACACCGAAGAACGAGAAUGAAGAUGCGGAGGAUCCCCAAACGACACCAAAAGCGUCAGCGACGAAGGCACCGGCUCUCCAUAUCCCGACACUCCACCUUGCCAGCGACCAGACUGACGAGGCAGCUGGUCCGAGUAAGCGAAACAAUGAGCAGCGAACACGCGAUGGCUCUGCCAAAUCGCCACUGGAUUUUGAAUCUAUUACUUUGAGCGAAAUAAAAACGAUUCCCGUGGUGCCUCCGCGCCAGACCGGAUCCAGCACCUCCUCUUUGAUGCCUCCCCCUCCCCCUCCACGUCUACGACCGUCGACGCUACAGAACCAGCAGCCUCAGCCAACCUCAUCGCUAAGUCCCGGACGGUACCUCCCACGUCCUAGUGGGGGCAGCGCACUUCGUCCGCCACCAUCUGCUGCUGCCUCUCUGCGCGUGCCACCGGGCAGCCGCGCCGCAAGCAACAACUCGCUUGCGCCUACACAAGUCACGCUGAAACCGUCGACUACAGCGAAGAAGGCAAUUUUGGAACCAGGAUACUCGCCGCUCGAUUGGGCCGCGCUCACAGCGAAGCCGAACAAUAAUCUGCGGGGUGCAAACCUACCCCCGACUCUCAUCAGAGUGUCACCGUCAAUGCUGAAGGCGCAAAAUGGACGCAAGGGCAGCGAUGCGUGGACUUCCUACCAGGGCAAGGUCUACAAUAUCACUCCGUACCUCCCUUUUCAUCCCGGGGGCAAGGGAGAGCUGCUUCGGGGUGCAGGCAAGGACUCUGGGAAACUGUUCAUGGAGAUCCACCCGUGGGUGAACUGGGAUGCGAUCCUGGGGGAGUGCCUAGUGGGCAUUCUCGUAUCGGAGAACGAAGCGAAAGCCAACGAGAGCAGUCUCGAUGCGAUGGACUGA